AUUAAUAAUCAAGAAUUAAAUCUUAUAUCAAUAUAUAGCAUAUAGAGAUAAAUACAUAAAUUUGAUACGAUCAUUGAUUUUUUGAAAACAACUUGUUUUCUAUUGAUAAGGGAUGUCGCAAUGUUACCAUCGUGUAGAACAACAUGUUUAUCAUCGCAUGUAGUAUUAUUAUUAUAGCAAGUAUUAUCCGAUAUUACUUUCCACACAUACAUACACAUACACACAUAUUACACACCAGUUUCUUUCAGAUUCUUUAAACACAAGAUAACGUUCUAAACGUAUCGAAAGUUACUUUAAUCUCAAAAAAAGGUAAAACAAGUAACAGGCUUAAAAUGAGAGGUCAUGAUAAUCGCGCGUGAGCAUUCCAUCGUACAAAUUUUAGAAUUGUUUAUGUCUAUGACACUCCUUCUGUGUUUAAAACAAAAUAGAUAUAAUUGAAGUUUGAGGGCGAGUAAAAGAGAAACGACAGAAAGUGCAGAAAGUGCAACUGAAAUAAGAGAACGUCUUGUCCGGCGCUCCGUGUAACAACCCCUGCAAAAUAAUCAUGACCCCUUUGGCGCAGAAGCGUACAGCACCGCGGUGCGGAUUGCGUCGUUACUAAUUUGACCGUCGACGAAGUAGUGGGGGGUAAGCUGUAGCGAGAGAGCGUGCGUCUACGUCAGGAAAAGCUCCGAGCUUAUUGGUCCCGGUCCAUUGUUGCGUAUUGAUUGCUGCGGAGCAGUGGUAUGGUCGUCGGGACACUCGGUCGUCCUCGUCGUCGUCGUCGCCGUCGCCGUCGUCGGUGGUGUACACAGCCGAGAUUAGGUUAAGAGGAGCGGGCGCGCGCUACAGAUAAAGGAAAAAAAACAGAAAUAAAAUAGUCGUCUGCACCCGUUGUCGUUGUCGUCGUCGUCGUUGUCGUCGUCGUUGUCGUCGUCGUCGUCGUUGCGCAUUCGCUGGCGUUUCUCGUCGUGUUUCAUCGCUUCGCGAGUCGCGCGUUUAUUACGGUACAUCCGCACCUACAUGUAUACACUUCUACAUACAUCGCAAAGAGGAAAAUUUGAAAUAAGAACAAAGAAGAGAGAGAGAGAGAGAGACAGAAUAUAUAAGUAUAUAUAAAUAAAAAUAUACAAUAUAUAUCGCAUAUAUAUAUAUAUAUACAUAUACGUUACACGGAGGGACAAACGAAAAUAUCUGUCGCGUACUGUGUACUCGUACACGCGCGCGCGCGCGCGUAUGUAACACGCGGCAGUGGUGUCAGUGAAUUCUUGUUUUUUCUAUUGUUUUCUGUUGCUGCGACUCUCUUUUGUUCGAGACUCAAGAAUCGCGAUAUUUCCCUGCCUGCGGCAUCAACGGCAGCGGCAGCAGCUGCUGCCGAGCCUGGUGACACCGAAACCGCGCUGCUAUCCCUCGCCAACCAGGACGAACCCCGCGGCCAGUUGACGCGGCUGGUAGUAGCUGCGAGGACGAAGGAGACGGUUCUCCAAGGACAAGGACACCAAAAUCCCGAGUUGACGGUGUUCGCACACCCCGAGGAGAACAUUUCACGUACGACGCAGGACGGCCACGUACGUCCGCGUAUCGGAGCAAGGAUCUGCGAGGGUUGCAAACGCUCGCUCGGAGAGUGCGUCGUCAAGGCGACAGUGUGAGCUACCAGAGUGGUCUUGGAUACUGUUCCAAUUGAUAGAAGGCGCUUAUGAACGAGAAAAGACAUUCUCGGAGCAAGUAGAUACGGACAAACAAGCAGAUCGAAGAAACGAACGUAAGAGGGUGAUAGAGAGAGAAAGAGAGAGCGUGAGAGGGAAAGAAAGGGAGAGUGUGUGAAAGGAGUGAGAGAGUGUGUGAGAGAGAGAGGGUGAGAGAGAGGGUGAAAGAGAUUGAGAGGGUGAGAAAAGAGGCGAGAGAGAAGGAGAGACUCGCGACGCCAGCGGGUGUGCGUGGGGCGGGAGCGGAGAGGAGAAAGAGAGCGGAAAAGAGAUCGACGGCGGAUUCCUUCAGCGCGCAAAAGCUGACGGAAGCUCGUGGUUGCUGGUACCGCGAGGACGCAGCAGCAUCGCAGCGGGCCAUCGUGCACGGGGGUCCUCGAGGGUAGGAAAGCGCGUCGCGCACCCCGAAGGCGGCGCGAAAUUAUGAAGCGCAUAAAGUGCGCCCUACUGGCCGCCGCCGCAGCUGCCGCUGAUAGUGAUAGCCGCCGGUGAAUGUGUGAUCCGGGGGCAGCAGAGAUCCGCCGGGAUGACGACCGAAGAGACGACCGAGCAGCCCCCGGUAGACGACUGCCUCAAGGAGCGGAAAUGGUGGUGCUUCCUGCUGUCGAGCAUCUUCACCUUCCUCGCCGGGCUGCUGAUCGUGCUCCUCUGGCGUGCGUUCGCCUUCCUCUGCUGUCGCAAAGAGCCCGAACUAUCCCCAAAUGACCCGAAGCAGAAGGAGCAGAAGACGGCCCGCCAGGGCAAGGAGUUCGAGGGGACUUUUAUGACCGAGGCCAAGGACUGGGCCGGCGAGCUGAUUUCCGGGCAAACCACUACUGGACGUAUCUUGGUGGUGUUAGUUUUCAUUCUCAGUAUAGCAUCGCUUAUAAUAUACUUCAUCGAUGCCUCCAGCGAAGAGGUGGAGCGUUGCCAGAAGUGGAGCAACAACAUUACUCAGCAAAUAGACUUAGCUUUCAAUAUAUUUUUUAUGGUCUACUUUUUUAUACGCUUUAUCGCCGCCAGUGACAAGCUGUGGUUCAUGCUGGAGAUGUAUUCGUUCGUGGACUACUUUACGAUACCACCGUCCUUCGUGUCGAUAUAUCUCGAUCGGACGUGGAUCGGACUGAGGUUCCUCCGAGCCCUACGACUGAUGACGGUCCCUGACAUCCUCCAGUACCUCAACAUUCUAAAGACAUCGAGCUCCAUUCGACUCGCCCAACUCGUAUCCAUCUUCAUCUCCGUCUGGUUGACCGCAGCUGGCAUCAUUCAUUUGCUUGAAAACUCAGGGGACCCUUUCGAGUUCACGAACCCGCAACAGCUUUCGUACUGGACCUGCGUGUACUUUCUGAUCGUGACGAUGUCCACGGUAGGAUAUGGCGACGUUUACUGCCAGACGGUCCUCGGCCGCACAUUCCUAGUAUUUUUUCUACUCGUCGGUUUGGCAAUUUUUGCUAGUAGCAUACCCGAGAUAAUAGAGCUCGUAGGCAGUAGGUCCAAGUACAGCGGCGAAUACAAGCGGGAGCAUGGAAAGAGACAUAUUGUCGUGUGCGGCCACAUCACUUACGAAUCGGUCUCGCACUUCCUCAAGGAUUUCCUACACGAGGAUCGCGAGGACGUCGACGUAGAAGUUGUCUUCUUGCAUAGGAAAGAGCCAGAUCUCGAAUUGGAGGGUCUCCUGAAGAGGCAUUACACGACCGUGGAGUUUUUUCAGGGCACCAUGAUGAAUGCCGUGGAUCUGGAGCGCGUCAAGGUACACGAAGCAGACGCGUGUUUGGUACUGGCUAACAAGUACUGCCAGGAUCCGGACGCGGAAGACGCGGCGAACAUCAUGCGCGUCAUCUCCAUCAAGAACUAUUCGGACGACAUUCGCGUUAUCAUACAAUUAAUGCAGUAUCACAACAAGGCCUACUUACUAAACAUUCCAUCGUGGGACUGGAAGCGGGGUGACGACGUCAUAUGUCUGGCGGAGUUGAAACUAGGCUUCAUCGCGCAGUCCUGCCUUGCACCUGGCUUCAGCACGAUGAUGGCCAACCUCUUCGCGAUGCGUUCCUUCAAGACGUCGCCCGAUAUGCAGGCUUGGCAGAAUGACUACCUGCGUGGAACUGGAAUGGAGAUGUACACCGAGACACUGAGCCCUACCUUCAUUGGAAUGCCCUUUGCGAAAGCCACUGAGUUGUGCUUCACAAAACUGAAGCUCUUACUGCUGGCCAUCGAGAUAAAAGGCGAAGGAGGCUCCGACAGUAAAAUCUCGAUUAAUCCACGUGGUGCCAAGAUCGCUGCAAAUACUCAGGGAUUCUUCAUUGCUCAAUCUGCUGACGAAGUGAAGCGGGCGUGGUUCUAUUGCAAAGUAUGCCACGAGGAAAUUAAAGACGAGACUCUGAUCAAGAAGUGCAAGUGCAAAAAUUAUGUGGGGAUGAUGAUGAUGCAGACCGGCAUGGUGAAGGGAAACACUGCCUACAGCAGUUACCUCGACGUGGCUACAUUCCGGAAAGGCGUGCGAGCUGUUCAGAUGGUUGGAAGAGCAAAUGAAGAGCUCUCGUACACAAACGACCACCAUCCUCCCCCCACAUUCACUCCGCCAGAACUGCCCAAGAUGGUUCACGUAAGAGGUGAGAUCAGCCGCGAACGAGAUGACCCAAAUGCCAUGAGAAAUCAUCGGAACUCCGUUGGGAUGACCAUGAUGAAUUCGACGAAGCAAGUCAACAAGGUGAAGCCGAACGUGAACCGAGCGACGAACGACAGCCUGUCCAGUCCGAAUCAGCCGUAUAAUCAGAGAUCGCAAGAGGAGUCCGCAUACGCUGGCUACCAUCUCGCCUACGAAGUCAAAAAACUCAUGCCAACGAGCCGAGCCUCGGCUGGCACGAACGUCAACAACAACGGCGGUCUUCAGGUCGGGAUCGCUGACGAUCAAGCGAAGGAUUUCGACUUCGAGAAGACCGAGAUGAAGUACGACUCGACGGGGAUGUUCCACUGGAGUCCCUCUCGCAACCUCGAAGACUGCAUACUGGAUCGUAAUCAGGCGGCGAUGACAGUCCUGAACGGGCACGUGGUCGUCUGCCUGUUCGCCGAUCCCGACUCGCCCCUUAUCGGACUGAGAAACCUUGUCAUGCCAUUACGAGCUUCCAAUUUUCAUUACCACGAGCUUAAACACGUAGUGAUAGUUGGGUCGGUGGACUACAUACGCCGCGAGUGGAAGAUGCUGCAGAAUUUACCGAAGAUAUCGGUUCUAAAUGGUUCACCAUUGAGUAGAGCCGAUCUGCGUGCCGUUAAUGUGAACCUGUGCGACAUGUGUUGCAUCCUGUCGGCAAAAGUGCCUAGCAAUGAUGACCCCACCCUCGCCGACAAGGAGGCCAUUCUCGCAUCCCUCAAUAUCAAGGCCAUGACUUUCGAUGACACGAUCGGCGUGCUUAGUCAAGUUGGCAGCCCGAUCGUCUUGCAGCGGCGAGGAUCCGUUUAUGGAGCAAAUGUGCCAAUGAUUACAGAACUCGUAAACGACAGCAACGUGCAGUUCCUUGACCAGGACGACGACGAUGACCCGGACACGGAACUCUACCUCACCCAACCGUUCGCCUGCGGCACUGCCUUCGCAGUCAGCGUGUUAGAUUCCCUCAUGUCGACGACAUACUUCAACCAAAACGCGCUGACUCUGAUCCGGUCACUGAUCACCGGUGGAGCCACACCCGAGUUGGAACUGAUCCUGGCUGAAGGGGCAGGCUUAAGAGGAGGUUACAGCACGGCGGACAGUUUGUCCAACAGAGAUCGGUGUCGCGUUGGUCAGAUCGCGUUGUACGACGGGCCAUUGGCUCAAUAUGGCGAGAGUGGCAAGUACGGUGACCUCUUUGUCGCAGCAUUAAAGUCGUACGGAAUGCUGUGCAUUGGUCUGUACAGGUACAGGUUUCGAGACACUAGCUCGUCAUGCGACGCCUCUUCCAAGCGAUACGUGAUCACGAAUCCACCCGACGACUUCACACUGUUACCUACAGAUCAGGUUUUCGUGCUGAUGCAGUUCGACCCGGGUCUCGAAUAUAGGCCGAGCCGAGGCGCCCGCGGCAAGGACGACUCCUCCUGAUUGUUGCUGUGUAGCGCCCUCACCGACGGACCAUAUUCCUACAUCUAAUUGCGCGUUGGAAACCAUCGUGCCGUCUGUCGUCCCUGCAAACAUCUCGUCUUCGUCGUAGGGAACGUCCAUCAUCACCAUCACCAUCAUCGACAAGAGUCGUCAUCGCGAGCGUCGUUGGUGAGGCAGAUCGCCGAUUUGCCACGUUUGUUUCUUCGAUCGACCAUUGCGCACAGCGACUUGGGCAAGCAAACGCGACGCUCCGAUUCGACAGCUGGUCGAUCCGAUCGCUCCACGAUCACGGUUACUAUGUCGCUUCGUUCACGUCGAUCGUCAACCGGAGCAAGUAUGACACGAACGAUCCGUGAAGCGGAGGAGGACGACGAUGAAUGGGAGAACACCACGCCGGAGAAGAAGAGGACGCGGAGGAACGAUGGAAAGUGGCACGAUGCUGUGCGGUCCGAGGGCAGCUACACGUCAUGUACUCACUCUCUCUCUCUGUUCGAGCUGAAGAACGGUCGUCUUCGCAGCGACGAGGACGACGCCGUGAGGACUAAAAUCAGACACUUCGCGAAGCGUAACGCUGUGUUAUCGAGCUCCCCCAAACCACCGACCCAUCGUAACCGGGCUGGAAGAAAGUGUACGGGGUACACGAAAUGUAGCUUAACGUCUAACACGUGGCUUAGCCUCGAUGGGCUAUACGGGGUGUAUAGCUUAACGUUUAACGCGUGGCUCAGCCUCGACGAGCGCUGUGGAAUUGCACAGUAGAGCCGCGCGGUGGCACGGAAGAACAAUCGCCGUCGUGGCGGCUCGUUUUCUCGAGCACGUGUUAUUAUAAUGUAUAUAGUAUGUAAACCACAGAGAACACCGUCGACGUUCAACGAGCGAGAGCUGCUGAGAAGCCGGCGAAAAAGAGUGGAAAGAGCAGCAGGAGAAAGAGGAGGAUAGGAGUCUGCAGCGAAUUGGACUCGUUCAUCGACGUCUCGUCUGAUCGAGAGAGUGACCGGAUCUCUCUCUCUCCCUUUCUCUCGCGCGAACGCAAAGAGAUCGCGAGAGAUUGUCGUUGGCAAAUCCUCUCGUCGCCGAUAAACUCCGGAACUCGGCGCGAAUCUCGAGUACCGGGACGGACGAAGUGCGCUCGAACGAACGUAGUGCUGGACUACUACGCGCAACCCUUACCUCGUGUGUCUUGUUUUAUGGCUAAUGAAACAAAGGGAAAAAAAAUAUCUUAACCAAAGCACUUUGUACAGGUUCUAUAUAUAUGUAUAUAUAUACAUAUAUACAUAUAAAUAACUAUACGAUAAAGUACCCUUUUCCACACAACUUUAAGUAUAUAAAUCGUCUAUAUAUCGGUAUAUAUACAUUAUAGGUAUAUAUGCACAUAUAUAUAUAUGUAUACAUAGACAUUCUCUCUUUUAUAUAUUUUUGUGAAACUCACGUGUGUAUAUAUACGGACGUACAUAUAUAUAAAAAGAAGCAAAUAUACAUAUAUGUAAGAGAAAAAUACACAGAUACACCUGUACACAGAUACUCUAUAUAUCUUUUCUCACAAACACACAUUUUUUUCUCUUUUUCUCUCAUACAUUCUCUCUCUCUCUCUUACUUUUUUCUUUCUCCCACUGCGCGUGCACACGUGUGCGCGUGCCGACACGGACUUGUACUUCGCUCGUACACGGAAAACACGCACACGUAAUCACACCGUACGAGAACAGGUGUGUGUACAUAAGAUAUGCACGCGCGCGCGUGCAGUCACACAGAGGUACGAUCUAUAUUUCGUAUACUGACACACUAUCACGCGCACAUACAUACACAUCCACACAGAAUGUGGACUCAGAAACUCACGCCUACAAAAAUAUAAAUAUAUACACACCUAUAUACACGCACAUACACGCAAAGUCGAGGAUUUAGAUCGGUGAAGAUUGAUGCGCGCGUGCGAGCGGACACAUACGUGAGACUGUUCUACGAUUAAGUGGUAAUGUAGAAUUCGCGAAAGGAGUCAAAGAGGACUACAAAAACAGAAAAAAAAAAACAGAAAAAAAAGAAAAUAACAUGACGACGAUAAACGUACGACGCGCGUUGUCGGCCACUGCGAGAGAGACCAUCGCGAUUUCGCGCUCGAACAUCGCCACCGCGGAUUUCGCGAUACGGGAAUCCGUGACUCCGAUGAUGAGAAGCGUAAAAAAAGGGCAAACUAGCAAAACGAAAAAAAUAUAAACGAUUAAUAAAGGGAGAAAGAGAGAGAUUACGAAGCAGAUUAAGCGAGGAAAAAGCUAGCUGUGGUAGUCGCUGCCGUGUUUCGUAUUACGCGUACACCUUGUAUAAUCGUCGUCAUCGUCGCCGUCGUCGUCGUCGUCGCCGUCGCCGUCGCCGCCGCCGCCGCCGCCGCCGCCGCCGCCGCCGCUACUGCUGCUGCUGCUGCUGCUGCUGCUGCUGAUGCUGCUGUUUGCAAUAUCCACGUGCACUGUUCACUGCCACUGCAGUUCGUGUUAUAUAUCGUUGUACAUAACUUUCUAUGUAUAGCUCGAGUGAGGCGACGAAAGAGAGCGAGGCGAGGCGCGUGAGUGUGGAAUGCACGCAUCCUGCGAAGUACAAAAGGACGUAGCGUCGGUCGCGCGGAUAGGACCGAGUUGCACCGAUGGUCCGGGUUAAUCCUUUCGAAUUCGACGUGUCCUGCGCGCACAAAGAACGGCUGAAAAAUGUGUUUCGGCGAUUUCGACUGUGUUAUCGGCGAAGAUGACGGAUAUCAUUCGCUGCUUGAUAAAUUUUUCUCGAGAGGACAGGUAUCGUGUCGAGUAGUAUUCGUGUCGUUUGAUGUUAACUUCGUCCGGCGAGCUGCGGUCUUAUCACGUGAAUGUAUUCUGUAUCGUGGAGAAAAUUCGAUAAUUUGUAUGGGGCCGGUUGAGCUGAGAUAUCUAAACAUCGCGCAACGUAGCAGUGCUGCGCGACGAAUGAGAUUUGAGUGUAUCAGGCCCGAUGCUGCGGUGGACGUCGGUGCAACUAGUCCGAAGGAUUGUUUACGCAGGACCUUGGAAGAUCUCGCGACUCGCGCGAGAGUGUAUAGAAUUCGAACUCCCCCAGGUCGCGUGAACUUACGUUGCGAAAGUACCUCGUUGUUAGAACCCACAUACGCCAAAUAUAGUUUUGUACCACCUGUUACGUCACAUCCCCCCGAUUCGAGUGGAAGAACUCAAAGACAGUUGACUUAAUCUCUCGUUUACAAAACUAUUAUGUCAUUCAGACAAUGAGACUGUACAUACAUACAGCUUAGUGGAAAUUUAAGUGGUGCAGAACUCUCUUUGAUUGCGUGUGUAUUUCCGUCAGAGAUCUUUGAGUGGCACUGUAUAGCUACUCCGUUUUUCUGUUCUUUCAUUUGAUUUCCUGAUGACCUGCAGCUAGAGCUGUUGGAAGAAACCUGCUAAAGCACGGGCAGUCGGAAGUCUCGCGAGAAGAGGUUUCGACUGGGGAGUCUACUUCAUGAUGAAAUCAAGAAUCGUUGAAGGUGUACGAAUAAUAUUGUGCAUUCGAAAUGUUUAAAGAUGUCGUAAAUUGCGUGUUAAUUGUUUGCACGGCGGAUGUAAUGUUACUUCGGACUUGUGCAGGUAGAUGUAUCGAAUGUUGUUUCCUUUUCUCUGAGGCGUUUCAUUCGUGAGGUGAUCGUAUAUUUUUGUAACUAAAUCGAUUAUACAAAGCGUUAAAACGUGAGUUCUCGAAAUAGAACUCACCUCGUGAGCGUUCGAAAUACGUACGCAAAAUUUCUUUGGAACGGAGGGACUCGCGAUUCGCGUUCAAGCCAUGACUACGAAGGAGGACGAUUUAUAGAUGGAUCGCGAUUAUCGAUGCGAACUGAUCUGGUUGAGGAACUUGCGCGCUUCUCGCGCAUAGUACAGCACUCGCGUGAAUGAACAAUGUAUUUUCGCAGCGAUCGAUUUCUGUGCGUCUUCCCUCUUCCUCCCGGCCGUUAAAUUGCGCAUAAUUUCAUCCGCCUCGAGCUGCGGAUCCGAGCUGACGAGACUCGAAUGUUUAACAGGAGCAGGAGGAAGUGGAAGAGAAAGGAGGAGACCGCGAGAAGAAGGAAGAGAAUGGAGAGAUACACUUACGUCACUCACUUCGCGCUCUAUCUCUCUCGGAUUUAGGAAUUGGCGAAGGAGACUUUAAUUCAAUGCAAAUCUUUAGCUUAAGAUUUGAUGGAGUAAUCGAUUCGAGCGAAAGACGAUCAUACCUUCUUAGAGUCGCGUUGAGGAAAGGGCUGUCUUCAAAUUUGUUAUGAAAGUAUUACUUUUCAAACACUUUCUGGAUGAUAUGCUUGCAAUCUUUCUCUUAGCAACCGUUUGCAAGUUGUGAGGUCGAUUGCUGAGAUUCUUCAUUCUCGAGAGCUCUCGUGUUUCCUCGUGAAGGAAGCGAGAAAUUGGCGAGAGGAGAGAAUAUGCGAGAAGAUUGGCUGUGUGUAUGCGAGGCGAAAGAUUCAAUCGAAAAGACACGAUCGUGCGUGUCGCUUCGUCCUCGAGAAAUGUCCGUUUGUCCAUUUGAUUUUUCUUCUUGAUUGAUUUUUUCGAGCCCCCCGGCGAAGGGAGGUUCGUUGUGGUAAACUGUGAAUUUGCGAGCGAGUCCUUCGCGAAGGCAUCUCCGCGUUACGAGCACCGGAGAGAGCUUCGGCGACUCUCGCCUCGACGCGAUUCUAUUUGCGAAAGAUAAAACAAAUUCGUGCGUUAGAUUUUGUGGAAGUCGCUUCAACAAAAGAGCGACAAAAAAAAAAGAGAAAACUCGUCGGAGCCUUGUGUAGAGUUUUAGAUGAUCGGUUGAGAUUUGCGUCGCGCGGAGCGAGCCGAAUUAAUGAGUAACUUCCGUUACGACGACUCUAAUCGAUUUUUAUUCUCGACGUUUCGUAUGUUUUACCGUGUCCUUCGAAUGCCUAAAAACUUAUGACGCAGUGGAAACGAUUGCCGCGCGAUCACGAUGAUUGCACGAUGUUACUUCAAGGUUCGGGGAGGGACAAUUCGCUCGUAUUAUUUUCGGCAAAUUUUGCGCGAGAAUAUUACGGCUGACCAGUCGCGCGACGCGAAUCGCUCAUGCACUCUCUUUAAGAAUUAAAUCACGCACCGAUUCAAUCGAUAUCAUCAGUCGUAAUCAUGUUCUCGUUGCGUCACGCGGCGCAAAUGUGACGCAUUUGUGUGUAUGUGGAACGUGUGUGUACCUAAACGAAGUAUAUACAUAUAUAAAUAUUAACAAGAAAAAUUAAGCCCAUAAAAAAUCGAACAAAGAACUCGAAGUGGUUCGACAGAGAAAUAUAUAUAUGUAUAUAUAUACACACAUUAAUAUAUAUAUAUAUAUAUAUAUAUAUAUAUAUAUAUACAUAUAUACAUAUAUAGGAAUUUAAAAGAAAAAAAAAUGUAUAAAGAGAAGAGGGAAUUAAGGCGCGCUGAGCGUACGCCACCUUCAAUGCCUCAUUGACCUCACCUAAUGCUUUUUUAUCUGUACAUUUACAAUUUGUGUACCAAUGAGGAACGUUGUUUAAUCAUGUUGUUGAUGUUAUUGUUAAAGAAUGAGAUUCAAUAUUGUACAUAACUAUAUAUUCAUUAUAAUUGAUGAUAUAAAUAAUUAUAUACAUAAAAGUAAAAAAAAGAGAGAAGGAAGGCGAUCUCCCAGAGUCCCCUUAUGCCUCGCGUUUCGAUAUGCGGAUCCACGUAACUUUGUAAUAAAAGGACAAGUACUUUACAAA